ACACAAGUCACGAGGCCAGACCAUAGAUUUGUUAUCUUUAUGGCCAGCAGACCGACGCGACCGCAGUAUUAAUGGAUAUCAAAGCUGCCGUGGAAAGCUAUCCUUCCUACCCUGAUUACCCUGAAGACGAAGAACCUCGCUAAAUGUGAUUUAAUUUGUCGUCUACAGUCAGUUGAACAUGGACGAGGAGACCCAUCCAAUUGUUUCCAGCCAAGACCGCUAUUCCAAGCAGCCCACAUCCAUCUGCAGCAAGUACUCACUCAGCACUGUUUUACUUGGAGUUGGUAUAUUGCUGUUAGGAAUUGCUUUGUUAUUUGUGUCUGUUGCCUUUGGCGUCACUGUGGCGACCUCCCAGCAAGGCUCCGGGGGCAAUCCAACAGUCGAUGAUGUGUGCGUGACCCCUAGCUGCGUGAAACUGGCAGCGUCCAUCCUCUCCAGCAUGAACGAGAGUGUGAACCCGUGUCAGGACUUCUACAACUUCACCUGUGGGGGGUGGGACGAUGACAACAUUGUGCCACCAGGCUACCCUCGCUAUUCGACGUUUGACCAACUGGGUGAUCGCAACAUCGUUGCCCUCAAGAAGAUACUGGACCGUGGACAGGAUGAUGGAGUGGAGGCAGUAAAGAAAGUGAUAUACUUCUACCAGUCUUGUUUGAAUCUCACCGGUAUUGAGAUGCUUGGAGUAGGUCCCCUACAGGACCUCAUCAACCGCACAGGUGGGUGGAGCCUAUUGCUGGGCAAUGACUCGUUUUGGGACAUCAACAAUGCCCCCUUCCUGGCUGAGAAGGUAUACAGUAGCCCCGCCUUCUUCACAAUGGAUGUUGGCAUUGACGACAAGAACUCUUCAAACCAUAUCCUUGAGUUUCAGCAGUCUGGGCUGACCCUGUCCAGUCCGAGCGCGUACACGGACAAUCGGACCGGCUCCCUCAACCUGGCUGCCCUCAAGACAUUCAUUGUGUCCACCCUGUCUCUCAUUCAGCCCUCAGGCAACACCACUUUGUUUGAGGAGGCUGCCGACGGUAUCAUUGAGUUCGAGACCAGUCUGGCCACGCUCUUCUACAGCAAUGUUGACCUGCGAGACAUAGACAAGACGUACAACCUGCUUAAGGUGAAUGAACUCUCCAAACUAUGGCCGUACUUCCGCUGGGAAGACUUUGUGGCUGAGAUGAUGGAUAAUGUAAAGGUCAACGUUAGCAUGGAUGAGACUGUUAUCAUGCGCACUCCAUACUACUUCUCCAACCUCACUAAACUGUACAACUCCACUGAGCAAAGUGUUCUGGAGAACUAUGCCAAGUGGCAGCUGAUCCGCUCCUACAUACCCUACCUCAGCGACAACUUCGUCAAUGUCUACUAUGCCUUCACCAAGACAACACAAGGUUCUGGAGAGCAGCAGCGCUACAAGACGUGCAUUGGGGUGGUUCAGGACCUGCUGCCCAUUGCCCUGGCUCGACCAUACUCAAAGUACGUACUGCCUCAGGGGACAAAGGGCAAUGUAUCCAUGGUGGUAGACAACAUCAAGAGUGCCUUUAAGGAGCGGCUGGAUGCCAACACCUGGUUGGACGCCACCACCAAGGAGAAGUGUAAGGAUAAGGUGGACGCCAUCACUAAACAGGUGGCCUAUCCCGACCAACUCUUUGACGACAACUACCUCAACGGGCUCUACCAGAAUUACAACAUCAGUGCUGAGACCUACUUUGACAACUUUCUGCUCAGCUCAAAGGAAGUGUUGUUUGACAACCUACAGCUGCUGAGAGGACCGGUGGACAAGACCAUGUGGUUAAACGCCCCCACAGCUGUCAACGCUUACUAUGACCCACAAUUCAACGGAUUCGUGUUUCUGGAGGGGAUUCUAAAUAUACCAUUCUUUGACGCAGGAUGGCCAUUCUACUCCACAUAUGGUGCUCUUGGUGUGGUGGUGGGUCACGAGCUCACACACGGCUUCGAUGACCAGGGUCAGCGUUAUGAUAAGGAUGGUAUUCUGGAGCCGUGGUGGAGCAGUGACUCUGUGAAGGCAUUUGACCAGAGGAAGGAGUGCUUUGUAGAGCAGUACUCAAAGUACGAGGUGUUUGGAUAUCAAAUUAAUGGCAGUUUGACUUUAGGAGAGAACAUUGCUGACAAUGGAGGAAUCAAGUCUGCCUUCCAGGCCCACAAAGAUGUGGUUACAAAGAACCAGCUUAAGGAGCAGUCUCUACCUGGGCUCACCAAGUACACCCCAGAGCAGAUGCUGUUCAUUAACUUCGGUCAGGUGUGGUGCUCACUGUUCACUCCAGAGGCCGUCAGUGUCUCUACUAAAGUGGACCCACACAGUCCAGGGCCAUACAGAGUGAUUGGUUCGCUGGUGAAUAGUCCGGAGUUUGCCAGUGCCUUCAAUUGCCCUACCGACUCUCCCAUGAAUCCCACGGAUAAGUGCCUCAUGUGGUAACACUUGCUAUCCUCCCAUUACAAACUAUUGUGUUUUUGUUUGUGCUCAGUUUUGCUUUAGAGCAGUUUUGAUUUUAAAACAUCGUUUCACUACUUUGUUGACAUUCUUUCAGUAAAUUGAAUUGGUAUCACUUAGUAAAUUGAA